GGAUAUUACUAGACCAUUAGCACAUAGACACUGAGACUUUGCCAUGGAGACUGCAUUGUAUCUGAUUCUUCUUUUCUGUUUGCUGGGACCAUCUCUAACUCUACCACUGUUGGACACCUCACUGAAAGCUAAUAUCAAAGAUGACGAACACCCUGGGGACAAUAAUAUCUUCAGUAACAUUAUGAAAGCCAAUCAAGGGAGCAGGAGAUUGCGCAAACAAGGAGACAUCGCCAUUAAAACCAGACGCAAUGCUAUCGACUGCCCAGAAUGUUUGUGGCCCAAAUCCAGUGAUGGGAUUGUGUAUGUGCCUUACACUGUGUCUUCUCAAUACAGUGACGAUGAAGUCAGUGUGAUAACUAAAGCCAUGGAGGAAUAUAAUGGCCUGACCUGUCUCCAGUUCACCCCUCGUACCAACGAAGAUAAUUAUGUUUCCAUUCAGUCUCUGGACGGUUGUUGGUCCUUUAUUGGCCUUUAUGGGGGAUCUCAGGCGGUGUCAUUGAUGAAAGGGUUCUGCGUGUAUAAUGGAGCGGUCCAACAUGAACUGACCCACGCCUUGGGAUUUUACCAUGAGCAGUGCCGUAGUGACCGAGAUGACUAUGUCACCAUAAUGUAUCAGUACAUAUCACCAGAGGAUAAAGUAAACUUUGACAAAGCUGACACAAACAACCUGGGUGUAGUGUAUGACUACUCAUCUAUAAUGCACUAUGGAAGUAAUGCAUUCAGUAACACAUCUGGAGAGAACACCAUUGUGCCCCACCCUAAUCCCAACGUCACCCUUGGCCAGAGCUAUGGACUCAGCAACUUGGAUGUCCUUAAGAUAAACCGACUCUAUGGCUGUGAUGUAUGCAGCACAUUGCUCUCUGCUUCCAAUGGGACUUUGACAUCAGUUAAUUACCCCUCUAACUACCAAAAUAAUGCAAAUUGUGUUUGGCUCAUCAGGACUCCUUCUGACCAGGUAACCUUGAAAUUUGAUGCCUUUAAAGUCCAGCAGUCUACAGGUUGCAUUAAAGAUUACAUUAGAGUGUAUGAUGGAGCCACCAGAUCUGCACCAAUGAUUUUGGAUAAAACAUGCGGAACAGGACGGGUCCCUGUAAUGAUUGCUUCCACUAAUCACAUGCUGGUGGAAUUCGUCACUGAUAAUGCAAUCACUGCCACUGGCUUCAAAGCUUCCUACAGCACAGUUAAAUGUGGAGGUACCUUUUACACCCCAUCAAGAAACAUUACCACUCCGAAUUACCCCAACAGCUACCCCCCAAACUUGGACUGCCAGUUCCUCAUUACUGCCCCACCAUUCUACAAGGUGGCAUUAAACAUUAGUGACUUCUUCUUGGAGAUGAGCUCCACCUGCAAAUACGAUUACCUAGAAAUAUACAAUGGAGAUUCAAUGAAUGCCCCCAAAAUGGGCAGCAGUAAAUACUGUGGCUAUCAAAUAUUCAAUGUUAUGGUCUCUGAUGGCCGUUCCAUGCUCCUCAGAUUCUACAGUGAUGAUGCAGUGCAGAUGUACGGGUUCAAAGCUUCAUACACCUUCGUUCCUUCUGUUUAAAGAGCUAAGAAGAAAUGGGAGUCCAUUCUCUGUAGUCAAGAUUCCCAAGUGCCAUGGAGUCAAACAUUAAAAUCAACAAAAUAUAUAACAAUGUUGACUGAAGAAGUUACACAGUCCAAUAUUAUAAUGAGCAUGAACUAUUGU